CGAAUGCUUACAACGUAGCAACUCAAAGUCAGUGGUAGUCGAUGACAGCUGAUUUGCAAUUGGUGUCAAAGUUAAAGGGAGGAAGUUGAUUGAUACUUUUUAGCUACCAUGACUACAGGACAACAUGGCUGUAAUAUGGUGAGAGCUGGAGGUGGAUAUGUUGCUCAAUGAGCAGCCUUUUUCUGGGGAUCACAACUUCUUUCCAGGCUCCUGAAAUUGAGAGUCUAAAGACAAACAAUCACAAGUGUUGGAGUUGGCUGGGGGGCAUCUUCCUGCAUUUCUGCCCCCUGUACACCACAGGAUGGGACUGCCAGGAGAAAGCCCUGCCAGAGACUCAGAGGAUGAAGCCUUGAAGGGUGGCCAUGAGGGAGUGGAGGAAGGAGAGGGCUGGGGCAGUGACAGCCAGCCAGAGGCUCGCACCCCUACUCCUCCAUCCACUGGCAAGAGGAAGAAGAAACGGAAAAAGAGACUGUGGAUCAAUGUCAUCAGCUGCAAAUAUGAGAGUGUGCGGCGUGCUGCUCGCAGGUACGGCCUGAGAGAAGCCAUGGAAGGGGAAGAGUGGACGCUCUACUGGACUGACUGCUCUGUUUCACUGGACAGAGUUAUGGACAUGAAGCGCUACCAGAAAAUCAACCAUUUUCCCGGGAUGAGUGAGAUUUGCCGAAAGGACCUGCUAGCACGAAACAUGAACCGCAUGCUGAAACUCUUCCCUAAAGAAUACAAUAUCUUCCCCCGAACAUGGUGCCUACCUGCAGAUUACAGUGACUUUCAAGCUUACACCAGGGCCAAAAAACACAAAACGUACAUCUGUAAGCCUGACUCGGGUUGCCAAGGACGAGGCAUCUUCAUCACCAAAUCCAGCAAGGACAUACGUCCUGGGGAACACUUGAUUUGUCAGGUGUACGUUUCCCGACCAUUCAUUAUUGACGGCUACAAAUUCGACCUGCGUAUCUACGUGUUGGUGACAUCCUGUGACCCCUUCCGCAUCUUUAUGUACAAGGAGGGACUGGCUCGCUUCUGUACUUCCCAGUACAACGAGCCCACCAAUGGCAACGUGGAGAAUGUCUGCAUGCAUCUCACUAACUAUGCCAUCAACAAGAACAGCGAGAACUUUGUCCGUGAUGAUGACACUGGUAGCAAAAGGAAGCUGUCCACACUAAACAAGCACCUCGAGGCAAUGUGCUACGACACAGCGAAGAUGUGGACCGACAUUGAGGAUGUGAUCAUAAAGACACUGAUCUCUGCUCACCCAAUCCUCAAGCAUAACUACCAUACCUGCUUCCCCAACCAUGCAUCCGGCAGUGCCUGCUUUGAGAUCUUGGGCUUCGACGUGCUCCUGGACCACAGACUCCGGCCCUGGCUGCUGGAGGUGAACCACUCCCCCAGUUUCACCACUGACUCUCGCCUGGACCGGGAAGUGAAGGACGGCCUGCUGUACGACACCCUGGUCCUGAUUAACCUGGGGGCCUGCGACCGCCGCAAGAUCACUGAGGAGGAGAAGCGGAGAGUGAAGGAGCGGCUGCAACAGAACCGUUCUAGAGAAGCCAGGAGCGAGGAGCUGCGUGUGUCGCAGGCAGCCAGUGUGGAGCAGAUGCAGAGGUACGAGGCCAAGCACCAGGGGGGCUUCCGCAGGAUCUUCCCCCGCGAGGGCGGGGACAAGUAUGAGAAGUACUUCAAACACAGCAGCUCCCUCUUUCAGGAGACGGCGGCCUCAAAGGCCAGAGAGGAGUGUGCCAGACAGCAGCUGCAGGAGCUGCGUCUGAAGAAAGAGCAGAAAGAGAGAGAUCAUAUGGGCAACCGGAGGAGAGACCUGCAGGGGGAGUCUGCUGGAGAGAAAGCCAAACCACAGAAGAUACGACCACGCCCGACCAUCUCCCAGCAGGUCACUCUCCUGACGAUGCCUCCUCUGCCCACUGCGACCAGCAGUGACACAGCCGCAAUAGACAUGUCUGAGGAGGAGGUGGAGCGUGUGACUGGACUGCUCCAACGAGAGAGCCUCCUGAGAGACCUGGGGGUGGUGGAUCAGGUGUACAGGCUGCUACACGGCCGUCACGGCAUGCCUGACUCGUUCCACCCCCACGAGCAAAAUGAGACGUUCCACCACAGGCACGAUAGAACCAAUAAGCUGGACUCCCUGCCUGAGUAUGCCUGGAGGCCCAGGCACCACUACACUGUGAUCCCACGGCAGGUCCCUGUGGGGGCCAAACCCUGCCUGCAGUAUGUCCACUCCCAGCUGCUUAAGCAGCCACAGCGUUGGCCCUGGCACAGUAUGGACAGGGCCCCCUACAGCCUGGUGCAGGGCGAGUCCGCCUGCAUGCAGUACUACUCAGCAGAAGAGCCAGUCAUGGAGACGGCCCGGUGUGCCCCGGGUGACCUGAGGAGGAGUAACAGUGCCCAGCGGAUCCCUUGGACAAUCGGCGUUCCCGUGGUGACGGGUCGCCAGGGCAGCAUGAGCUCCUCCUGUGCUGAGACCCGGGCCCGCGCCACUGUGUCAAACGUGAACCAGCUCAUCCCGGGGCGGCUGACCUGCGCCCGCAUGUCCUCCGACCCCAAAGCCCUGCAGAGCCUCUUUGUCAUCUCCACCCCGGCCCCUCUGGUCCGCAGGCCAGACUUCCCCCACCCAGUCCGCAAAGCCUCUCGCAAACUGCCUCCGCACGGGCAAGGGCACUAGAAACCAAUGUUGUCAUUUGAUGUGUCAUACUGCGGAACAGCCACCAGUGGGGAUAAUCGAUCAAGGUUUUUUUGUUGCACUAGCUGUCCCCCCAAGCAGAUUAUCUCUACCUGUGUAGGAUCUGUUGCCUCCUUUUUGUACCACCUCAAAAUUAACAUUUUAAAUUCAGGAAAAUUAAAGGAGGACAAAUUGCGGUAGUGAGACCUUAUAUUGUACAAAUAACAUUGAAAACAAUUGUGCUUAUCAAACAAAGUGUUGUGUGGUAUUUGGUGUAGAUGUGUCAUAUGAUGAAUGAUCUAAUGAGAAACUUUGGCUCUGGCUGUUGGAUACCAUAUUGGUUACCAGAAGUAUACCGCUCACUAAGCAAGUGGUAUAAUUUCUUUAUUUUCCUCUCCGAUCUGUCGAAUCAGCUUGGGAGAUGCAGUAUAUGACUAUGACAAUGUUGGAACCGUGAGUGGGACACUCAAGGUAAAAACCAUUAUUGCUCAUUUGUGCCAAAUGUCUCUCAAAUGAUUAGAUUUGUAUUAUAUUGUGUAUUUUCUGAGUUUGACUGAUACUGAAUGUCAGACUUUUGUUUGGAUGAGAUGGAUGGUCAUUAAGAGUUCCCGUUUUUUAAAAUAAUUUAUGCAAAUUAAAUAUGCUCUGGUGUUAUUAUUGGCCUAGUUAACAGGAGACAUUGUAUUUGUACAUUAGUACAAAUGACACUUUAAUUACAAAAAUAAUAUAAAUGUGUACAAAAUCAUGAAUGUCUAGUUUGAUGUCUAUA